AGACAUUUCCAGAGAGCCUUGCUCUGGAGCAAAGUGCUCAAUUUCCAUUUUCCAGCUGAAAGUGAGGGACUGUAUGGGACUAGCCUCUUUUGCCUUUGGGUUUAAUUAACCAAAAAACAUCAAAGUACCUGCUUUGAGCAAAGCAUCAGGAGAGGUGUUUUUAAUCAGCAUAUUCACCUUGCUUUGGAAGGAAUUGUGAUCCCAGUGGAGCAGCCCAGAGGACCAAGGGCUGGGCUGAGGCCAGGGGACUAGAUGGAAGAGGAGCCCCAGGACUGAGUGGAGGAAGAGCCCUCCCUGGGCUCUGAGUACCCUUGGAGAUGGGGGAAAAGUGCUCACGUCUAGCAUGUGAAGGGCUUGGGCGGCUCACGGAGAGGUUAAGGAAGCGGAGAUCCUGAGUACAUGGAGUCUAGUAGUACUGCUCAGUCUGCCACAAAAUGUCCUUUUUGUUGGAAAACCAGAGCAGCCUCCACAGCAAGGGUGGCCUGGGGGUGGCGACUCUCAGUGCACUCUACGGUGCCAUCCUGCUAUCCUCCAUGUUCCUCCCACCCAUCCUCAUCAAGAGGUUCGGCUGCAAGUGGACCAUCACGGGUGCCAUGGGCUGCUACGUGGCCUUCUUCCUGGGCAACUUCAAGGGCAGCUGGUACACCCUGGUCCCUACCUCGGUGCUGCUAGGGCUGGGAGCAGCGCCACUGUGGUCAGCUCAGUGCACCUACCUCACAGUCCUGGGGACCUCACAAGCGAGGAAGGCGGGCAAGCUCAGCAAGGAUGUGGUGAACAAGUACUUCGGCAUCUUCUUCUUCAUCUUCCAGUCCUCGGGUGUAUGGGGCAACCUCAUCUCCUCUCUGGUGCUUGGCCAGACUCCCAACAAAGAAUUCUUCUCAGAGGACCAGCUCAAGUCCUGUGGGGCCAAAGACUGCCUGAUGUCCACAGCAGCCAGCACCAACAUCACUCAGCCAUCCCAGAAGCUGGUCUACACGCUGCUGAGCAUCUACACAGGGAGUGGUGUGCUGGCAAUCCUGCUUAUAAUUAUGUUCCUUGAGCCCAUUGAUGACAACCCACCAAGCAAUGAAGGGAAGAAGUCCCCGCCACUCUGGUCCACACUACUGUCAACCUUCAGGCUGCUCAGAGACAAGCGUCUACGUCUGCUGAUUCCACUGCCACUAUACAGUGGAUUGCAACAGGGCUUCCUCUCUGGUGAAUACACAAGGUCCUACGCCACCUGCGCCCUGGGAAUCCAGUUUGUGGGCUACGUGAUGAUCUGCUUCUCGGCUGCCUCCUCCCUGUGCUCUCUGCUGUAUGGAAAGAUCUCCCAGUACACAGGCCGGGCUGUACUCUACGCACUGGGCACAGUGACACACCUCUCCUGCAUUGUCACCUUCCUGCUGUGGCAGCCACACCCAGCCCAGAUGGCUGUGUUCUUCAUCCUCCCUGGCCUGUGGGGUGUGGCAGAUGCUGUGUGGCAGACGCAGAACAGUGUGCUCUAUGGGGUUCUGUUUGAGAGGAACAAGGAAGCAGCCUUUGCCAACUACCGCCUCUGGGAAGCCCUGGGGUUUGUCAUCACCUUUGGGUGCAGCAAGUUUUUAUGUGUCAGCACCAAGCUCUAUGUUCUGGCAGGAGUCCUGACUCUGGCCGCAGUGGCUUAUGGGACUGUGGAGUACAUGGAGUCCAGGAACCCCCACCCGCCCCCUGCUGCAGGAGGCAGAGACCAAGCAGAUGAAGAGGAAGCUCAAACGCAAAUGUGAAGGAGGCAGCAGGGGAUGAAGGCCUCAGAAAAUAUCAGCAAAGAUUUUUUAUUUGAAUAUGCCUCGGUAUAUGUUUGAUUCUUCACAGCUACUUCAGCAAGACAGUGUAUUUUACUUUUCAUUUAAUUUUUUUCCACUCUAUUAAUUUGCAGUUGACUGCUCUUAUCAAUAGAGAUCAAGAGUGUACACAAAAACAUAAAUUCAUUUCACUUCAGAUGUGAAAGAAACACAUUGAAAUUUGC